GAUCGAAUUGUUGGCUACUUGAUUUGAGGCAUCGCAUUGAACUCCGAAAACCGGCGAACAGAAAGUUGCAGUUUUUCCGGCGAAGAGGAACUGAGAAAACUCCGGCGAGAUACCAACCUUCGCGAUGGAUGGGAAUAAACCAAACGACGUAGUCUCGAGGAAGAAGCAUACGCAGGAAGGCCCCGAGAAGGACAAGGGGGAACUCAGAGUAUCCCCGAGGAGGAAACUCCCUCCGACAAAGCCGCCGGAGGAAUUGGGCAGUACAAGUGUUGCUCCGACUGAAGAUCUUAUAGUUGAAGAGUUACCACCAAGACUCUUUGCUCUAGACCGGUACCCUUCGAAGACGAAGAUGAACGCGUACUCCAAACCGGAGUACAUUUCUGACAUAGCGGAAGUUCUUAAGGGAAAAGCUGAGAUGCAGAUGCUUCUCGACUCUCCAUUUGGGUACCUUUUUGGAAUACCUGCUAACAAGUGUUCCUUCUCAGGUAAGCUUGUGCUUGGAUUAAUAUGCCGUCAGUUAGUGACAAAGAAAGUGAAUGAGAUGUGGAUGGUUUUCGGCGGUCAUCCAAUCAAAUUUGGACUAAGAGAAUUUAGUAUUGUAACUGGGCUGGAAUGUGGGGUGUAUCCCAAGAAGAAAGAAGUGGAGGCUGUGCUAAAGGUUAAACCUGGGUGUAAAAAAGUCUGGGAUGCUCUGUUUGUGGACAGGUUUGGGGAGAAUGCGACUCCAUUAGUGCAGGAUUUGGUGGCCUGGCUGAAGGAGGAUAAAUCCAUGGAUGGGUGGAAGCAACUGGCUCUAUCACUUAUAAUCCUGGUAGAUGGUGUGAUAGCCUGCGGUAAAAACCCCAUCAGGCCUCAAGAUACGACUGUCGAGAUGACGAAGAACGUGAAGUUCUUCUUGAAAUACCCAUGGGGAAGGCUGUCUUUUACCCGUACUUUGGAGAGGAUAGCAAACUUCCAAACCCCUUCAGAUGUUAAAAAACUGAUAAGGUGUGUAAAGGAUGGGUCUUAUGCACUACAAGGAUUCCCAUUAGCACUCCAGCUCUUUGCGUUUGAAACAAUCCCAUCCCUUGCUAAGCUAGCACCUGAUGACGAAGCGAACAGGACAUUUACUCAGAGGUCUAUCCAUCAUCUUGCCUCACUGCGGCCAAUCAGGACAUCCACCAUCUUGGCCUGUGAGGCUGCUGAAGAGGUUGAGGUAACCUAUCUUGUGAAACCAGAUGACAAUAUUUGCCCUCCAUCCCUGUCAUGGGAUGAUGAAGUUGAGGAUCCAAGAGUUGCUUACAUUGAGCGACUGAUGUUAGCUGGUCAUGAGUGGCAGGAGGAAGAAUGGGUUGGAGGUUCAGCUGCAUUCCCAAAGCAGGAGCGCCCACCACAACUAGGAGAGAUACAUGUGAAGAAGAGGAAAAGAAAUGUACGAGGCCCGAAUGCACCUGUUUUGAAAAAACAGAAAUCUGUUGUGGAAGAUGAAAAUGAGGAAACUGCUGAGGAUUGUUCUGAAGAUCCCCAGUUUGAGAAGUUUGUAGUCGAACUUAGGAGGUGUUUCAGGAGGCAGGAAGCACAAAAUAAACAAAUGCAAGAAGACUUGAAGAACUUUGUCCGUCAAGAGAUACGUGCUGCCCUAGAUCCAAAGGGCAAAAAGACAGAACCAACCCAAACUUCCCAUGCUUCACCCAGCCCAACUAAAUCGGUGGUUAAGGCACCGAUUACUGUGAAGAAGGCAUCUAAAAGGAUGUCUACAAAGAAAGUCUUCAAGUCUGGAACAAGAAAGUCUUCAAGGCUGAAUAAUAUAAUGACGUCAGCUAUGCAGAUUACUGAGCUUUCUGAUGAUAACUCGUCCUCUGAGGAAGAUGACAAGGAUGAAGCCAACAAUGAAGGUGGUUUUACUGCAAAUGCUGGACACGAUUUUUCUAACAGAGACGAAGAUAUGGUUGAGACUGGAGUACCUAACAUUUCAGUUGGUGGACCUACACCUUCCCAUCAGGAUGAAGGAGCAGGUGAUGGUGGUGAGUCUGUCCUUGUUGGUACACAGUCAGGGACCGAGGAAAAAGCUAGUGCUGACACAGAGAUGGAAGAAAUUCCAUCUCCUGUACCUUCAACCUCUGCACAGGAUAAAGGCCCAAUUGAUGGUGGUGAGCCUGUCGUAGUUGGUACACAGUCAGGGACAGAUGGAAAAUCAACUGCUGACACAGAGAUGGUAGAAAAUCCAUCUGGUUUACCUGCAACAUCUGGACAGGGAGAAGAACAUGGUGCCGGCGUUGAGAGUGAAGCAAAUGUUGGGGAGGAACCAGAAAUUGGUGUGGAUAAUGACAGAGAUACAUCUUCUCAGGCUGAACACACCGAGGAACCCGGCACAAGUGUUGAUGCGGGAGAUGUACCCAAAGUAGUUCCAGAGUGUAAAGUGGAUGACUCAGUACUUCAGGGCACCCCUAGUGAUCCCCCUUCACCAUUUGCAGUAGUUAAGAAUGAGUUGGAAACAACAGCCUCCAUGGAUUUGGAUGCAGCUAAUGUAAAGGAGGGAGUGUUGGAGGAGCAGGGGAUUGUCGCCGGGGUAGAAGAACAAGAGGAUUCAAACCCAGGGUUAGAUGAAGCAGACACAACAGUUGGUACACCUGAAAAUAUUGAUGAACCAAACAACGAUGCUGCACUCGAAGCAAUAGCAGUUAAAAUUCCUACGCCGGUUGUACCUAAAAAAGUGAAGAAGCAACUAGUUUAUGAGAUGGAUGAAGCCCUUCCUGAAGGUUUUAAGGAAACAACAGUCCUCGUGGAGGAUGUUCCAGAACGAACUGAAGAUUCAGAGCUGCUUAUAGCGCCUGGAAAUGUCCCUUUCAACCCCCUGGACAAGGUUGACGCUUCCAAAUUAGAGCUCUUAACCAAUGUCCUCGAUGGAGAGAAUGUGAAGCACACUCUUUUCGGGUAUCGCAAAGUGGACAACGAGUUUUUCUCCAUGCUUGUAAAACAAGGAAACUGGGUGGAUAAUAUGCACUUGGAAAUGCUCGCAAUGUUGAUGUGGCACAAGAACGGUCAACAAAUGAUAGAAAACCGAUGCGUUGUUUUGGACUCCUUCCUGCUUUAUGAGCUUACUAAGCGUGCUGUCAGCUUCAACAAUUGUAUAAAUAAGCAGGGGUUCAAAUGGGGCCAACGGCUAUACGACAUUGCCAAUGGAAUACACAUACACCGUGAACCUAGUCUUCGGUGGAUCAAGGAUGUCGACGUGGUAUAUGCUCCGAUGAACUGGAAAGGUGAUCAUUGGGUUGGUUUGGCAAUCCACCUCAGAGCCCGGCAUAUAAUUGUCUAUGACGCUUUCAUAGAUUACACGCGGGAGUCUGUUGCAUGGUCAAAGAUGAAGCCUGUCUGCGAGAUGAUGCCGUACCUAGUGAGAGCGAUGUGCACGGAUGUAUUGCCUCAGACAUACUCUGUUGAACCUUUUGGCUAUGAGAGAGAUUUGAACGUCGCUCAAAACCCAAGUACAGGAGAUUGCGGUCCUUACGCAAUGAAGUUCUUGGAGUUGCUGGCGUUUGGUAACCCAAUGUCAGACUUGGUGAAUAUUCAAGAAUCAGAUAUGGCCAUCUACUGUCAGGUGUACGCAACAGAAAUCUACGAGCACGGCAAGCGCGAGGGUGCCAAGAUAGCCAAAAUAAUGGCUGACAAAUGUUGGUGGUACCUCGGACCUCUCUUAAGAUCAGGGCCUCGUGGAAGAAACAUUGUCUACAGGCCGGAUGUCCUGAAAGAUGCUAAUAUUUACAGCAUGUGCAGUGAUCCCGAUGACUUCCAUGCGGCAGGCCAUGAUCCGAACGACAUCAACGCUGAAGGUCGAUAUAGACCCUUUUUCAAAAGGUGUCUAGAGGCUGGUAACCCGAUUGCUAUUUACCAUGAAGGACUGCGUCUAGUUACCCAUGAGUCUGACAUUAAGGGCGCCAUUGUACUUUUACAGCGGAAUGUACCAAGGCACGCCGAUGCAACCCUGGCAUGCGCAAUUCUGUGCAUAUGCGACGGCAAUGCUCACAUGGGUGGUGUGUACCUGCGCAUGUUCGCAAACAACCAUUACGCUUUGGAAUCAGAAGAUACACGUGACAUGUGUGAGGAACUCCUAGAAGAAAUAAAGAAAUAUGGAAUUAGGUUAAACAACACAUACGGCGCAACCUUUUCGUACCCUGAGGAACGUGGUAUUCGAACGCCUCCUUGCGCGAUGCUGUGUUACAUCAGAUCUGGACCAUUCAAGAAUGUUUGCAACGUAUGUUACCUCUGGUGGUGUGCAAGAAGAAUUAGUCAAAUUCUCUAGGCAGUUCUUACGUAAUAUUCUCUCAAUUUCUAAGUUUUUAUGUUAUAAUAUGUGGCCUUUCCAAUUGUACUUUGAUUAUCAGUAAUGCAUGUCUUUUUAUCUACAUCCUUGCUUGUUUAUCAUAUAAUACUCAAUCUUAUGAAUGGUUACAAAUAAUUGUAAUAUAUUUUAUAGUAAAAUGAGAAACGAGUU